AUGUAUGAAUAUUUUCAGAGAAUCUGGAUGCCAACUUUGGUUGUCUGCAGGCUAAAGCUGUUGAGACGCGGAGUAGUUGGUCUGAACAUAACAGUGAACCUCUUUCACGUUCCGGUUUCACAAGUGUCUGUCAAUUUAAGCUUAUGGCGAAAAUACAGCGGAUAUCGCUUCUAUAUGUACAAUCAAACGGCGGAUUUUUGCAAGUUCAUGGACAAAAGAGGGAAUCUGUCGUUUAUGCGCAUAGUGCUGGAUGCGUUGGUAAAAAAUUCCAAUAUUAAUCACACCUGUCCAUAUGAUCAUGACAUCAUAGUGGAGAAUCAAGUAUUCUCUCCAGAUUCGAUACGUUGGAUGCCCGUUCCACCCGGGGAAUAUAAGUUUCAAAUAAUUGUCGCUAUUGGGCUGCUCUACAAAUGGCUAGUGUCGAAACAUCACACCUUUAGCGAGCGCGGUGUGCCCCAUGAAGCACCUUCGGUGCUGCUGGGCAACAUAAAGCUCAGAGCUCUGCUGGGUCAGGAGCCCAUGCUGCAGUCCGUGAUCGAUCUGCAUUUGAAGUUUAAAAACUGCAAAGUGUAUGGAGUUUACAAUAUGCUGAACCCGGUCUUUGUACUGCGCGAUGCCGAGCUGAUCAAAAAAGUUGGCAUCAAAGAUUUUGAUCAUUUUUCCAAUCAUCGUUCCGCGCUCAGUGAUUCGACGGAGCCUUUGCUAUCGAGAAGUCUCAUAGCAUUGAAGGACCAGAAGUGGAGGGAGAUGAGGAAUACGCUGACGCCCUCGUUUACUGGCAGCAAAAUGCGGGCCAUGUACGAGCUAAUCAACGCCUGCAGCCUUGAGGGGAUCAAAUAUAUUGGGGACGAGCUGAGACGAAGCCAGGAAUCAAACACUGAAGGCAUAGAACUGGAGAUGAAGGAUUACUUUACCCGUUUUGCCAACGAUGUCAUAGCAUCUGCUGCCUUCGGCAUCAAGGUUAACUCUUUCGUGCAAAAGGAUAAUGAGUUCUAUACCAUUGGUCAAUCGGUGACACAGUUUAAGGGCUGGGCGAUGGUCAGGGCGAUUCUAUACGGAAUCAUUCCUCGAAUUAUGAAGGCACUGCGCAUUAGGCUCUUCGAUCAAACGAAUAUAGACUACUUUAAUGGAUUAGUGUUCGAUGCCAUGAAGUAUCGCAAAGAACACAAUAUAAUUCGACCCGAUAUGGUACAUUUGCUAAUGGAGGCCAAGCGUCAGUUUGAACAGCAACAAUGAUCCACCCAAAACAUCGGCGAUGGGGAUCAGCACGCAGAGUUCAACGAUGAGGACUUGUUGGCGCAGUGCUUGCUCUUUUUCUUUGCGGGAUUUGAAACCGUUUCCACUUGUCUUUGUUUCGCCACUUACGAGCUGUGCAUGAGUCCUGAUGUGCAGUCCAAGCUAUAUACAGAGAUCUUAGCUGUGGAGCAGGAGCUUCAAGGCAAGCCCUUGGACUACGACACGCUCACGAAAAUGAAGUACAUGGAUAUGGUCAUAUCGGAAUCCUUGAGAAAAUGGCCUCCAGCCCUUGUCACUAAUCGGUUGUGCAGUGCGGAUAUCGAUUUGCGCGACGAGAACAAUGAGUUGGUGGUCAAGCUGAAGAAGAAUGAUGUUCUUCAUGUGCCCAUUCUGGCCAUGCAUCAUGAUCCAGAGAAUUUCCCAGAGCCCGAAAGUUUCAACCCAGAACGCUUUUCAGAUGAGCAAAAGCAUCAGAUCAAGCCCUUCACGUAUUUGCCUUUUGGCGUAGGUCCACGUAAUUGCAUCGGCAGCCGGUUCGCCCUAAUGGAAGUAAAGUCUAUUAUUUACCAUUUGGUGUUGAACUUCAAUUUGGUGCCGGCGAGAAAAACUGUGCGGGAUAUGUUAAGGAAUAUAACCGGCUUGCGUUUUCAGCCCAAAGAUAAAUUUUGGCUUAAAUAUGUGCCGAGGGAAAGAACCUGA